AUACCGUCAGUAGUGGUUACACAUGUGACACUUGUCUGCAACUGCAGUAGCAGCGAAUGUUACCACAGGGGAAGUGAUACACACGCCAGAGAAAGGUCUAGGGCUGUGUCCCACCCUUGAACUUCAUUCUACUUGUAGUGGUUGAUGGUGGACUACACUCAUUUAUGUUACUUCGCAGAUGUGGAACUAAUUAAAAUGAUUUACUACACCCUUUCUGUUGUGACUACUACUCUCCUCAUUGGUUAUCGUACUCAGAACACCAAAGCUCAAGAUAUCCCACAACAUUCUGUGAAAGUAGACCCUGCAGUCAUCAGACAGUCUGACUCAGUUCAUCUGACCUGUGCCUCAUCUUGGCCUCCUAAAUCUAAGUGUACUUUUUGUAUAAAUCCACUGCGUCUGUCAGGAUGUGUCUCUGAACAGUACUCUGAAUCAUGCACCUUGGCACUGUCUGGAAAUAAUCUGCUAACAUGGUCACAUCAAAGGGGGAUUGCAGAAAUCAAACUAUCGUGUCUCUAUAAUGCUGGAACACAAUCAGAACCACAGUAUUCUCACUUUUCUUACUACUCUACAGUCACUGUUGUAGGACCUCCACAGCUGCUGGUGUCUCCUCAGCUCAUCAAUGAGGCAGAUACACUUAAUCUGGCCUGUCAGACACCUCAGUCCUCUCUUGUGUCUCAGUGCUUUCUCUCAGUGGGGGGAAAGUCUAUCAGUGUUGUAAUGCCAUCAUGCCAGCUACAGAGCACAGGGAAGGAGUUGAUCCACUGGUUGGGUGUGAGGCCACCUGCACAAAUAUUAUCAUUGAGUUGUUAUUAUACAGUUACAACAACUCCUCAACUGGCAUCUGGCCCAUCUCAACCAGUCUCAGUAGGUGUACAGCUGUUCACUUCUACAGAUGUCACUGAGCCAACUUCCAUCACUGUUGUUGGCACUGGGGGAAUCUGGACUACAGUGAUGGUCAUAUUUGGUGUGAUCAUGUUUGUGGGAGGCCUGAUCACCUCUUUUCUCUGCCUGAAAACCAAAAGAUGUGCAUUCCUAAGACCACGGGUAGAUGAUCCCCAUGUUAGUCAUGCAAAUCUUAAUGAAACAUCUAGGAGCACCAACACUGUUCCUGGUGUGAUGGGUGAUAAAGACAUGGCAAUGGCAACUACAGCAGCAGCCUCAGAAAUAACAGGCCUGGAUCCUGACCAGGAUUCUUCUCUGGAUCAUGUGUACAGCUCUAUCCCAGAUGCCCCAAACAGCUCCAACCACGAAGAGAGUCCCUACAGUGUAGUACAUGAUUAUAUUCAUCUUCAGUCUACACAGCAGGAAAAUGACAUUUACAGUACUGUGCAGAUGAGCUGAUUUCAGUAUGUA